AAAUGUGAUCACUAUCUUUGGGCCCCACACCUUCCUCUGCAACUAUAAAAACCCCUCAGCCCUCACAGCCCUUCGCUGCCACUCCAACCUGACUUCUUCAUUAAGCAACCAGAUGGCUCCUUCCCCCGCUCAAUCAAAGCUUCUCCGCGGCCCGCCGCCGGGGCGGCCGGCCUCAUUUCAUGGAUCGCCGGCAACCGCUUCAUCCGAUCUACCACAGAUUCGUCGGCCGAAGACCCAACCGGACCUCCUCGACUCUAUUCGGACGCUUCCGCCACCGGCGCAUCCACCAAAGAUUCUGGUGAAAGUGACCGUGCAGAGAAGCUUGGGUCCGGUUCAGGUGAUGGCUUCAACGGAUUGGACGGUACUUGAUUUAAUGGCGGCCGUGAUUAAGAUCUACAUCGAAGAAGAAAGACUUCCAUUACUAUGCUCCACGGAUCCGUCCGCAUUCGGCCUCCACUAUUCCCAAUUCAGCCUGGAAAGUUUGGAUCCUGACGAGAAGCUGGUGAAUUUUGGUUCGAGGAGCUUUUUCCUUUGUCCGAAGCGGAAAUCUGGUUCGGGGGUCGGAGAUAGGCCGGCUGGGGCGGUGCCUUCUUCGCCGUCGUGUUGGAAGGAGGUACAGAAGGGGUCCAGGACAGGUAUUCCGUGGCUUAGAUUCAUGGAUUGUUUGCUGUAGAUUGUUCCGGCAGAUGGAUGCUUGUGAAUUUUUCAUUAUUGUUCACUGCGGCUUGGAAGAAGGAUCGUAUUGGAGAGGUUGCAGGAAUUGAUAUAUGGGGAUGUAAUUGAGAAUUUAAUUUUAUUGUAUAUAUGAAUGGUUAUUAAUGAUGAUAUUUUAGUAGACGGAUUUGGUAAGCCA